AAGGCACAACCAUAUAAUAGUUUGAAACAGGAAUUUGACCAUCAGAUCCGCCCUUGUAUUGAUCUCAUUGACUCACUGCGGGCGCUGGGGGUGGAGAAAGACCUGAGCUUGCCGGCGAUCGCUGUCAUUGGUGAUCAGAGCUCUGGGAAGAGUUCCGUAUUGGAGGCUUUGUCUGGAGUGUGUCUACCCAGAGGCAGCGGCAUUGUCACACGCUGUCCCCUGGAACUCAAGUUAAAAAAGUCUCCAGAGGGCUCAAGGUGGUAUGGAAAAAUAAGCUAUCAGAACCAAAUGGAAGAAAUUCUGAACUCAGCAGAAGUUGAGAAUGAAGUCAGGAAAGCUCAAAAUCUCAUAGCAGGAGAAGGGAAAGGUAUCGGAGAUGAGCUUAUCACCCUGGAAGUUGUGUCUCCGAACGUUCCAGACGUGACGCUGAUUGAUCUUCCGGGAAUCGCACGAGUCGCUCUACCUGAGCAGCCCCCAGAUAUUGAGCAGCAGAUUAAGCAGAUGAUUAUGAAGUACAUUACAAGACAGGAGACCAUAAAUCUCGUUGUGAUCCCCAGUAAUGUGGAUAUCGCAACCACUGAAGCUUUGCAAAUGGCAAAGCAGGUAGACCCCAAUGGAGAGCGGACAGUCGGGAUCUUGACUAAGCCAGACCUGGUGGACAAGGGAACGGAAAACGAGAUUGCAGGUGUGGUGAGAAACCGGGUAUACAUCCUAAAUAAAGGCUACACCAUCGUGAAGUGCCGGGGGCAGAGUGAAAUCAUGAACAGAGUUUCCCUGGAGGAUGCCACAAACAAUGAGAGAGCUUUCUUUGAGAACCACCAAUUUUUUAGGGUUCUUCUAGAUGAAGGCUAUGCUACCAUCCCUACACUGGCAGUAAAGUUGACCACGGAGCUGGUGCAGCACAUUAUUAGGGCAUUGCCCUUUCUAGAGAAUCAGAUCAGAAUUAAAUUAAAGGAAGCACAAGAUGGACUGAAUGAUAUUGGCACAAAAGUCCCUGAGACUGACAAGCAAAGACUACAUUUCCUUAUUAAGGUAAGAGAUGUAACACUGUCAAGCAUUAUAAAUUAA